GUCUCUCCUGACUGUUCGCAAUGAGCUGUCAGUGCGCAGGAUCUUGACACACACAUUUCUUUGUAAACGCUGCAUUUAUGAGCUGAAAUAUAUAUGUUAAUAUACUCUUCUGCUUCUGGUCGAUUACUCUCAUCGAUUAUGGAUCCAUCGACUCAUCUGAAUUUAAAUUUGAGCGAAUACCCGGUGUGCUCCGAAUGGAGAGAACAUCCCGAAGGAUCAAUAUUUCAUCUCGCCCAUAUAUUACUUGUUUUAGGAUUCAUGGGAGGUAGCGGCUUUUAUGGAUUGCUGUACAUGUUCUGUUUUUUAACGCUCGGGUUUUUCUGUUACUCGAUCUGGUCGUGGUCCGAUCCCUGCACAACGGACUCGUUUUCAUGGACUUUUGCGCUUUUCGUCUUGUGUUCGGCGCAAGUUGUCCACGUGUCAUACCGCCUGCGAAGUGUCACGUUUGAUAAGGAGUUCCAAGAUCUCUACGAUUAUAUGUUCAAAAAGCUGGGAGUGUCUUUGACACACUUUGGAAAGAUCGUGGAAUGCUGUGAGGGGGAUAUCCAUACUAUUGAGAAAGACCACUGCUUCGCCAUGGAGGGCAAAACCUCCAUCGACAAACUGUCAGUUCUCCUCUCAGGCAGAAUACGGGUGACGGUUAACGGGGAGUUUUUGCACUACAUCUACCCCUUUCAGUUCCUGGAUUCACCCGAGUGGGAUUCUCUCAGACCAUCGGAAGAGGGCUUUUUUCAGGUGACCUUACGCGCAGAUAAUCGUUGUCGGUAUGUGGCUUGGAGACGCAAGAAACUCUAUCUGAUGUUCGCGCAGCACCGCUACCUCGCCAAGAUCUUCGCGCUGCUGGUGCGCAACGACAUCACGGAGAAGCUCUUCUCUCUGAACGACAAGGCAUUCGACAGCCGCGGGUUCCGCUAUGAUCUCCGGUUACCGAGCUUCUGCCAAGGGCCGGAGCCAGAAAUAGAAAGCACAUGUGAAUCCCGGCCAGUUCUGGAACAGAGUGCGACGAAGCAAGCGGAAAGAGACUGCUGAGAAUCACUGAACUUUCUGAUUGGGACUCCGAACUGUAUUACCAAGAAGUCUUAAUUGAUACGUAAUGCUCCUUAUUUAUUUUUUUGUCAUGUAUUUUUCUAUUUUCUAGUGCUUUAUAUUUAACCCUAGAAUGCAACUAUAGCCCCAUUCAAUGCAUAUGUGAGUCAAAGACCUAGGUGAAAUCUAGAUUUCUUUAUAAAACUUCUUAUUUUUCAGGGGAAAUUAACUGUAAUGAUACAUUUAUUUCGAAUUUUCAUUUUUAAGUGUACUUUUGGGUGACUGUAAAAAAGGCUGCAUAAAAGUAAUGUGAGCAAUUUUCACGUCUGCCAAUAAAUUAUAAAAUGUUUCAACAACCCUACACAAACACAAGUACAAUAGACUGGGAUCAAAAGUUGUUAUUGUUUUGUUUCUUUUUUAGAUAUUUAGUUACAAACUUGUAAAACGACAACCUUAUGUGCCAUGAUGCUGUAUGACACUAAACUAUUUCUAUGUCUCUCCA